AUGAUAAAAAAGCUUUUGAGUAUUCCAAAGUGGAAAUUCUUUGCUGGGGCGUCAUUUGCCUUACUUGGCUAACACAUUUAUGAUUGUUUAUAUAAUACAGAAAUUGAAGUCUUUUAUUAGAACACAACUUGUAAUAAAGACCUUCUAUCGAAAUGUCCAAACAUUAGAGGACAUUUUAACCCAAGCAUUUGGAGUAUGAAUAAUAUCUUUGGAUUGUUCUAUGUUACAUUAGUUGAACAUUAAAUGGUGCCCUUACAAAAAAGAGAAAUGGUGACUCUUAAAGAUGGAGGUCAAGUGGCAUUGGAUUGGAAAAUCAAUGAUCCCAAAAAUGUCGUGUUGGUUUUACAUGGGUUGACAGGUGGCGGAGAUUGCAAUUAUAUCAAAGAUACAUUAGAGAGACUCUACAAUGCUGGUUAUACAGCGGUCUGCUUCAACAAUCGAGGAGUAGGAUUCACAAAUUUAUCUACACCUUAAUAUCAUAAUCACGGAGACCCAUCUGACAUGAUGGAAAUUAUUGAUUUGAUAAAGCAGAGAUAUCCCGAAGCAACAUUAUAGUGUGUAGCAAUAUCAAUUGGUGCUAAUUUAGCAGCCAAAUAUGCUGGAAUCACAAAAGAGAAAUGUGCCUUCAAGUCCAUUGUUUGCAUUGCCAACCCAUUUGAUUUAUUGGCCUGUUUUGAAAAUUUGGACAGAUGCAUUUCAAAUGGGUUGCUCAAUAAACAUUUAGAUGUGAUGAAUGCAUGCUUUGAUGAACACAAUAUUGACAUUAAAAAAGUAUUAGAAGCUAAAACUCCUUACGAAUUUGAUCAUUAUUUUACAAGACAAUUGUAAAAAUUUGAAUCAGUCGAACAAAUGUAUCGGGCUAAUUCUUCAAUUAACUACAUCAAAGACAUUACAGUUCCCACUUUGUUUAUUAAUACUAAAAAUGAUCCUUUAAUACCUUGGAAAUUUGUACCAAUUCAAUUACACAGACACAUGCCAAAUUUGAUAUUUGCUUUAACUCAAAAGGGAGGCCACAUAGAAUGGUAUAGUGAAACUAACUUAGUUACUGUUAAAAGAUGGAUUAUGGAUCCCACUUUAGACUACUUAAAUUAUUUCAGAGACCUACCAAUUGAUAAAUGGUAGUAGUAUUUACAACAACCGAAAAUUUGA